AUGUCGUCUCUAUCGCCAGCUCACGACAACUACCAACCCCCCAGUUCCUUCCCCUCCUCCAAGACUCUAUGCGAAGACGCGAAUGAUUCCACCAGACCAGGCGACGCAGUCAAGGCAGCGUCACUCAAAUCAGGCAAGGAGAUCAGUCAAGAAGAUUCGAGUGUAGACAAUUCCGAGUCUCAUGUCAACCAGAACGCCGACACAGGCGCGGUGCAUGUGAAAUUAUCCCAGAAACGCAAGUGGACAUUACUCUUUGUAUUCAGCGUGGCGCAGUACCUUGAUAUCGCUCUCUACUCGGGUGCAUUGAUAUUUACGGACAGCGUCGCGGAAGACCUUGGUAUCCUGUACGAGUCCUCAACCUGGAUCAUCACAGCCUACACAGUCACCUUUGCAUCCUUCCUCCUCUUAUGGGGUCGUGUCUCGGACCUCUAUUCACCAAAGGCAGUCUUCGCCUAUGGUUUCCUUCUUCUCGGGGUCUUCAGCUUGGUACUGUCGUUCAUGCCGAACCAGUACGCUUUCUUUGUCUUCAGAGCCCUGAUGGGAAUAUGUGGAGCUGCUACUUUACCAUCGGCCUACCGUUUGAUCGUUGCUGUCUUUGAGCCUUAUGAGCUCAACCUGGCCCUUACCAUGUUUAUGAUGAGCGGUCCGAUAGCGAUAUGCUCGGCCAUGAUCCUAGCUGGAGUCUUUGAAUUGGUGAACGUGCACAAUCAGUUAGCCGGCUGGAGAUGGUACUUCAGAAGUAUCUCCGUUGUCGUCAUCCCCUUCGGUAUCUUUGCCUUGAGUGCUAUCCCAUCAGAAGCUGGUCGACUCGCCAACAAGAACCUUGACCAUAAGGACAGGCUGAAGCGCUUGGAUAUUGUCGGCUGUGUUUUCAUGUUGUCGGGCAUUAUUCUCUUCGUCCUCGGCCUCACUCUUGGAUCUUCCUUUGGAUGGAAGAAGCCCGGAUUCCUCGUACCCUUCCUUCUCUCCUGGCCGAUAAUGGUAUCCUUCUUUUUCUGGGAAGCCCGAUUGCCCGAGGGAUAUGCUCUCGUUCCGCCACGUUUCUGGAAGUUGAGGAACACCGCCCUCAUCAUCUUCUGUUCUUUGUCAAUCUACCCCUUCUGGGCUGUGACUCAGCUUGCAUUCAUUGAGCGCUCCCUCACUGUCUGGAACGAACUCGCCAUCGUGGCUGCCGUUCGCAUGCUUCCUUAUGCCAUCUCGGGAGGCAUCGUCGCCCUGGUCUUGCCCCGCUUGCUCAAGCACGUCUCCAACCUGCGAUGGCCCAUGGUAGCUGGCAUAGGUCUCGCAGGGUUACUGAUCAUCCCCAUGAUUUACUCAAAGGGCGAGAUCUUCCACAAUGUUUACUGGAGGUGGUUGUUUCCCGCUUUCUUUGUUGGGAGUGCCGCCAAUAUGGUGUACUUCCUCUGCGCCAAUGUCGCCAUCAUGACCAGUGUUGAUAAAGAGAUGGGCGGCGUCGCAGGCGCUCUUUUCCAAGUGGCCCUGCAGCUCGGGACCGUCAUCGGACUUUCCGUCCAAGCUGGCUUCCUCACACUGCACACCGGCAACGUCAGCAAUUGGGACAACGUCCGUGUUUCGUUCUGGUUCGUCGUCGGGUGGCAAUUAUUGGCUGCUCUCCUUACAGCAGUGUUCUAUCGGCAGCCGAAGAAGGCAGAUGGGGAUGAGGAGAGGGGGGAGACUGUCAUGGCGCAUUAG